CUUCAACUCUUCAGAAAGAAUGUCAUCAUCAUCAUCAUCAUCACCAGAUAACAACAACAACAACAACACUCAAUCAAUCACACCAUCUCAACCUAUCCGAUCAAAUUCAACCUUCCUAACACCUCCUUCACCAACAACCACCACCACCAACCUAGUCACCAAACUCAAAAACCAUGUACCCAAACGAUUAUCACUAAGUACUUCAUCUAGAUCCAAAUCAUCUUCAUCUUCUUCUACUCAUUCAAUCAGUCCAAUCCAAUCUAAACAUCUUUCGACAAUCAACAACAACACUGUCAAUCAUCCGAUUCCUGCCAUCUUGAAAAUCAGAAUCGAAGCUGGUCAAGAUUUAUUAGCAAAAGAUCGAAAUGGUAAAUCAGAUCCGUUUUGUAAAUUAUCUUUAAUCAAUCCAUCAAAUCAAAAUCAAGUAAAUCCUAUCAUCUUACAAGAACAAUCAAAAUUAGUUUCAGACAUUAGAUACAAUACUUUAAAUCCAAUUUGGUAUCAAUCUGAUCUAUCUCUCGAUAUCGGUUCAGCUUCUAUAGAAUGUAUUAUCUUUCCUAGAUCGAUUUUAAACAAUUUAGUCAAAGUGAUCGUAUUAGAUAAAGAUAGAUUAAAGAAUGAUUAUUUAGGUGAAUUAGAAAUUAAUUUGUUAGAUUGGAUCGAUUCGAUCGGAAUCAAUUCAACUUCAACCUCCACUUUUUCGAAUCUAAGUUUCAAUUCUUUGUCAAAUCCACCCAGAUGGUAUUCCUUGGUCAGUUCCAAAUCUCGUACUAAAGUCACAGGUCAAUUACUUGUCAAGAUUGGAUUUCUAUCUGGAUUAGAUUUUCAAACUGCUACAAGUUCUUUACCUACUACUGUCUUAAGUUCUUUACCAUUUUCAUCUUCACCCAUCUUGGAAACUUCAAAUCUUGAAAAGACCUUUGCACCUAAACCCAACCUAUCCUCCUCAUCCGAACCUCCUCAUCCAAGUAAAUCGGUCAGAUUAACCGAACCUACCAGUCCUACUAUCAUUAAGAAACCUAAUCGAAAGUUUCAUCAGAGAUUGAGAAAACAAAAAUCAGAACAUAGUUUUAAAGAUGGACAUCUUACCAAAGAUGAUGUGAUGGGGAUUUGUUUCAUCGAACUGGAUAAAGCGAUCGGAUUACCUUAUUGGAAAUCAGUCACUAGGAUCGGAUUUGAUAUGGAUCCAUUUGUGAUUAUUAGUUUUGGUGAAAAGAUUUUUCGUACUAAAGUGAUCAGACAUUCACUCGAACCGGUUUGGGAUGAAAGAUUAUUUUUUCAUGUGAAACGAGAAGAAUUGAAUUAUACGAUUCUGUUUAGUUUAUUUGAUUGGGAUAAGAUGUCAUCAAAUGAUUAUAUUGGAGAAGUGAAAUUACCGAUGAUCGAGUUGAUUGAAGCUAAUCAAAAGAAGAUGAACAUCGAUUCGAAAACUGGAUUGUAUCAAGUAGAUGAAAAUGGAAAGUUGUGGGGAGAUUCGAUGAUCAAUUAUGAGUUCUUGAUCGAGAGUCCGAGUCCGAGUACGAGUCCUUUGAAUUCGAAUUCGAAGAGUAGUAAUUCAUCAGAUCUUAGUAAUCCUAGUCCUCCUGCUUCCGCUACUGUUUCAUCAACCACAACUCCAAGUAAAUUGUUUAUCAAAGCUAAAUAUGUUCCUUAUAGUGCAUUACGACAAGUGUUUUGGAGAAAGUAUUUGGAAUCGUUUGAUACGGAUGAAUCGGGUACGAUUUCGAAGAUCGAAUUAGUCUCGAUGUUAGAUUCGUUGGGAUCUACGUUGAGUUCAGAAACGAUUGAAAGUUUUUUUCGUAGGUUUGAAGAUGGGAAACCCAAGGGAUUAAGUGAAGUUGAGAUCGAAUCGAAAGUGUUGAGUUUUGAUCAAGUGAUUUGUUGUUUAGAAGAUGAAUUGAUUAAGAAACCAGAAGAGAAAAGGAAAGUUAAGAAACGAAAGGUGUAUGAUGAAGAAAGGGAUUUAGGAAUGAAGAGUGAUGGUGGGGAAACAGAAGAAGAAGAAGAAGGGGAUUUACCUUGUGAGGUGGAUAAAGGAAUAGAAGACAUCGAAGUUGAAGACCCAUCACCCAAAGAAGUAGAGGAAGAAGAAGAGGAAGAAGAGGAAGAGGAAGGAAAAGUGGAAAAAGUGAUCAAUAUUUCAAGAUGUCCGAUCUGUCAUAAAGAACGAAUCAAUUCAAGAAUGGAGAUUGAUAUAGUGACACAUUUAGCAGUUUGUGCAUCAACGGAUUGGUCAAGUUUAAGACAUAUCUUAUCACCUGGAAACUUUGUCACAUCAAAUCAAGCUAAUCGAAAAUGGUUUACAAAAGUGAUUGGAAAAGUACAGAAUGGAAAGUAUUCAUUAGGAGCGAAUUCGGCCAAUAUAAUUGUGAAAGAUCGAAUCACUGGUAGAUUAGUAGAAGAAAAGAUGCAAGUGAUUGUGAGAGUUGGGAUCCGAUUGAUGUAUAGAAGUUCAGGAUCGAAAUCAAGAAUGGAAAAAGAAAAGGUGAAGAAAAUGUUAAAGUCUUUAACGAUUAAACAAGGAAUGAAGUAUAAUUCGAUUGAAUCUCGAAAAGAGAUUUUAGGGUUUAUUGAGUUUCAUGAAUUAAAGUUGGAUGAGAUUUUAAGACCGAUUGAAAGUUUUGAAACGUUUAAUGAGUUUUUUUAUCGAGAAUUGAAACCGGGGUGUCGAAAGAUUGAAGGAGGAAAGAAUGAAGAAGUUUUAGUGAGUUGUGCUGAUUGUAGAAUGAUGGUGUUUGAAAACCUUGGAAUAAGUAAAUCGAUUUGGAUUAAAGGAAAAAGUUUUAGUUUGAAAAAAGUGUUGGGUGAAUCGAUUGAAUUGUCAAGUAAUGAGACAGAAGAAGAAGAAGAGAAAUGGACGAUUGGGAUCUUUAGAUUGGCCCCUCAGGAUUAUCAUCGGUUUCAUUCACCUUUGGAUGGGGUUGUGGAACAGAUCGAAAAGAUUGAUGGACAGUAUUAUACAGUGAACCCAAUGGCCAUUCGGUCAACAAUAGAUGUGUAUGGAGAAAAUGUGAGAGUGAUCAUUAGGUUCCAAUCCAAAGGCUUUGGUAAAGUUUAUUGUGUAUUAGUUGGAGCCAUGAUGGUAGGAAGUAUUGAGGUGGGAGUGAAAGUUGGAGACGUAUUGAAAAAAGGUGAUCAUUUGGGCUAUUUCGCUUUUGGUGGGUCUACUAUUUUAGUGAUUGGGGAAAGUGAAAUGAUUGAAUGGGAUGAAGAUCUUUUAAUGAAUUCAAAAGCACCAAUUGAAACUUUAGUUAGGGUUGGAAACCAAGUAGGAAUUAAAAAGAAGAAGAAAUAAUGAGGUUUUUGUGGAGGUUUUUUUUCGUUUGAGAAUGUGGUUUUAGAAAUCGGGAUGUGGUUUUGAUUUUUUCAUUGAAUGAGGUGUCUUUCAGUUUAUGAGCAAGGUUUUUCUCUUUAUUAUUAUCAUAGUGUAGUUUUUUUUGGUUUAUUUAUGGUUUAGAUUUAGAUUUAGAUUUAGAUUUAGAUUUGUAGUUUGAAUGGUUUUUUUUUAUUUUUGGACUCUGAUAUAAGUUUAGU